CUCUCUCUCUCUUUCCCUCCCCCUGUUGGUUGAAACUCUCUCUGGGAGAAGUCAGUCUGCUCUGUUUUCCAGUUCACUGUGUAAUCUGUCCUUGCUCUACUCCAGCUGCAGCCUGGCUCUGCUCCCCGACUCCUCUCGCUCCCCAUGUAAAUCCCCCUCAGAGGCACAAGCCCAUUGUUUGUUUACAUAAAAACUUGGACGACAUUAACCCAAGGCCACUAGGAAAACAUGGGAAAAGGCUGCAUUAAAGUCACCAAAUAUUUCCUGUUCCUCUUCAAUCUACUUUUCUUUAUUCUGGGGGCUGUUAUCCUAGGCUUUGGAUUAUGGAUUCUUCUUGAUAAAACCAGUUUUAUUGCUGUCGUACAGUCCUCUUCUUCAGCAUUGAAAAUUGGAUCAUACAUCCUGCUGGGAGUUGGUUCUGUAACGAUGCUGAUGGGAUUUCUUGGUUGCCUUGGAGCAGUUAAUGAGGUCAAAUGCCUGUUAGGAUUGUACUUCACCUGUUUACUACUAAUCCUGAUUGCACAGAUUACAGCCGGACUUAUGAUCUACUUUCAGAGAGAUGAGCUCAAAUCUGAGAUAUCUGACAUCAUUCAUCAAGUAAUUGUCAACUAUAACCCACUCGAAGACACAGAGAACAGCUUUGGAAAAACAUGGGAGUACAUCCAGCAGCAACUAAAGUGUUGUGGCUGGACUGGUUCCUCAAACUGGACUGCAAAUUUGAUCAUCCAGAACAGCACACAGAAACAGUUUCCCUGUUCCUGCUUCCAAGAGAAUGCCACAAUCCUGACUACAGGAUUCUGUACGGGUGAUAUGAGCAAGCCUGUCAAUGGCUGCAUGCCUAAUGUUGAAAACUGGCUUUAUCAGAACAUUGGUAUUAUCCUCGGUGUGUGUAUUGGAGUUGCUAUAAUCGAGUUGCUGGGAAUGAUCCUUUCAAUGUAUUUGUGCAAGAACGUGGAACAAGAAGACUAUAGUAAAGUUCCUAAGUACUGAGGUUUUUGGGUUGCCUGCUCCCUGCACACCAAUGGCUCAUCCUUAUGUGCGUAGGAUACAUCAGUGACCAAUCACAAUCCAAUGGAUUUAUUUGUUCAACCUUUGUGUUCGCUUCACUGCUUGUCAACUUUACCUUAUAUACUUCAGCACUUUGGUACUAUUAUUGAAACUGUUGAUCGGUAUACAUCUUAUAAAUUGACAUUUUUUACCUUACAGAACUUUUAGCAUGGUAUCUUUUUAGGGAGGAUUGUCAUAAAGAUCUGCGCAUGCAUAUGACCAUUA